AUGAAGGAUCAUUGCACGGUGACACAGGUGGAGGUCGCCACGAACCCCGACAACCUGAGCAUGGCGGUGGUGGACUUCGAGGCAGGCGGCUGCAGCAGUGUGACCUUUAGUCCGGACACCGGCGCGGUGAUUCGAGAGCGGAAGGUGCGUGAAGCCCCGAGGAAGGUUGAGGGUGCGUACAUUCAGCCCUUGCCCACUGUGACAACAGGCCGCCCGUUUCAUGGGCUGAUGGGUCUGUACUUGUGCAAGGACAGACUGGCCUUCUUCAGGAGGUGUGAAGUGCCAGUCGAAGGCGGUGGUUCGACGUCGGGGACGGCAGGUGGGAGGUUCUUCCCGCCUCUCCGUGGCCGACCGGAACCAGACCAAACCGAGAUGGGACCGUGGGAGACCACGGGUUUUGUCUCCGACUUGGACUGGGCUGAGGGCCGUCGCCUUACUCCGUGCCUCGCCUUCCGCGAUGAGGGUGCCUACCGCGUCCGAAUUGUGAGAAUUGGUGCAACGCCACCGAUUGACGUACAGAGUGCCUCGCAGUCUGGCUCCAAGAUUCGUGAACAGGACUGGAGAACCAGCUGGAGCGGCUUCGACUGGGAGGUCGGCUCGACAGAGCAUGCAGCGCCAACGUCCACUUAA